CGGAAGAGCACGGUAUUCAUCUGCCAGCUGACUGGGAUGGAUCGAUAAAUCAAGAUAAGAGAUAACUAGCAUCCACCCUUUUAGCAGAUUACAUGGGUGUCUCAGGCAGGGUGGAUCCAGCUAGCUGGGGCUGAUGACCGGUUGUCUGACAAGAAGAUUAGAAGAUCGAUUUCCAGGUAGCUAGCUAAAACUGUUAUUUGGUGUGGAAGGAUACAUAGAUACUUAUCUAGCUAACAUAACGCGAUUGUGUUCAAUGAUUUACAGUACACCAAAAUGCUACCAAAAGAUAGUUGUGAAUAUAGCACAUGAAUUCAGUGUUUUUGCGAGAUAGCUAACAGCAGUGGCUCAUCAUGGUCAAAACAAUAGACUAUUAACGUUAGUUAUACCUAUGUUUAUUACACGUGUGCGUGUGUGUGUGUGUGAGAGAGAGACUCUAGGAGGAACCAUGGCUAAUAAGGUGAAAUGGGUGACCGACAUUGAGAAAUCCGUACUCAUCAACAACUUUGAGAAGAGAGGAUGGACUCAGGUCACAGAGAACGAGGACUGGAACUUCUACUGGAUGAGCGUCCAGACUAUCCGGAACGUGUUCAGUGUGGACACGGGUUACCGUCUCUCGGAUGAGCAGAUGGUCAACCACUUCCCCAACCACUACGAGCUGACCAGGAAGGACCUGAUGAUCAAGAACAUCAAACGCUACCGCAAAGAUAUGGAGAAGGAGGGAAGCCCGCUGGCAGAGAAAGACGAAAACGGGAAAUACCUUUAUUUAGACUUUGUGCCGGUGACGUUCAUGCUUCCGGCGGAUUAUAAUCUGUUUGUGGAGGAGUUCCGUAAGAGUCCUUCCAGCACGUGGAUAAUGAAGCCGUGUGGGAAGGCUCAGGGAAAAGGCAUUUUCCUCAUCAACAAACUUUCCCAGAUCAAGAAGUGGUCCCGAGACAGCCGUACCUCUACGUUUGUAGCGGCCUCAAGUGGCAAGGAGGCCUAUGUCAUCUCUCUGUACAUCGACAACCCACUGCUGAUCGGAGGCAAGAAGUUUGACCUGCGUCUCUAUGUGUUGGUUACCACCUAUCGACCUCUCAAGUGUUACAUGUAUAAACUGGGUUUCUGCCGGUUUUGCACAGUGAAGUACACGCCCAGCACUAGUGAACUGGACAACAUGUUUGUGCACCUGACCAAUGUGGCCAUUCAGAGACAUGGGGAUGACUAUAACCAUGUCCACGGUGGGAAGUGGACGGUCAGUAACCUGCGUCUGUACCUGGAGAGCACUAGGGGGAAGGAGGUGACCAGCCGACUGUUUGACCAGAUCCACUGGAUCAUGGUGCAGUCCCUAAAGGCUGUCGCUCCCGUCAUGAACAAUGAUAAACAUUGCUUUGAGUGUUAUGGAUAUGACAUCAUCAUCGAUGACAAGCUGAAGCCAUGGCUCAUUGAGGUCAACGCUUCUCCGUCGCUCACCUCCAGCACAGCCAACGACCGGAUCCUGAAGUACAAUCUGAUCAAUGACACUCUCAACAUCGUCACACCCAACGGGGACAUUCCCGACUGCCGCUGGAACCGCAGCCCACCCCGAGAGGCCCUGGGCAACUACCAAGUCCUGUACGACGAGGAGCAGGCGCUGAGCGAGAAUGUAGAACGUGACCUACGGAGUCGCUCAGGCCAGUCGCUGGGGUCUAAGGGAAUGGCGAAGGGGGGCACAGGGCCUCGCCCAGCUGCCGCCACCUGGAAGUGAGGUGGUAAUGUCCAACGCCUCACUGUGCCUCACUGUCCCUUCACUGACCUCUCACUGACCUCUCGUCGCUCUUCCUGUGUCAUUCAUGGGGGAAAGUGGGUCGGGGGCAAGGGACGACCCAGACAGAGGGAUGGAAGGAUGACAGGGAGGGAGAGGACCCAGUAAGCUCUGAGGACCCUACCAUGCAUCACAAGCAAGGACACAUGUGUGUCAGCAAAGAAAGGAUCACACACACUCACGUUUAGCAGAAGCUCUGUAUAAUACACCAAAUUAUAGCAUUUAUCAACCUUUUACAUAACAAUGGGAAGGGGACGUUCUCUGAUGACUGUUAGAGCAUUUCAAUCAAUGCACAUGUUUGAAUAAUGUUUUCAUAUAUUGUUGUGGAAUUGUUUUACUUUAAUGUUUUUUAUGUUUUCAAGCAGAAUAUUUGCUAGGUUAAGACACAUCGGCGUGUGUAAUUAUUCUGUUAAUGUCUGAAAACCGACAGGAUCCACCUCUUUAUUUUGAAAUGUAUGACCAGAAAAGCAUUUGCUUUUUGUUGACUGUAUAAAACAUAGUGUAAUGGACAAUGCUAACAACAAACAGAAGUAAGACUGGAAAGUGAGCUUUGAAGCAUUUGCUUUUCAAGCCACUGGAGUCGGCUUUAAAGUGUAUAAGGCUACAGUAUGCAUAAUUACUUUUACAAAACUGAGAGACUUGUUCAAUGUUUGGUUAUACAACUUUACUUUUUAGUUGUUACUCAUAAGUUCACCUUUGGGAUAAAGAAAUGCUUUUACAGUUAAAUAUCUGGAUAUAAAGUGAUGAGGUCAGCUCUUCAAAUGUUGAAGUACCUUUCAUUUUGUGUUGUGGAUGACAUUGCCAUGCCAACAAAUAUUUUCCUGUGGUGUGACCUUGGAGGGCUGACCUCGAAACCAGGUUGCGUCCCAAAGGGCACCCUAUUACCUAUGGGCCCUGGUUAAAAGUAGUGCACUAUAUAGGGAAUAGGGUGCCAUUUGAGACACUGACCACCCAAAGGGCACCCUAUUACCUAUGGGCCCUGGUUAAAAGUAGUGCACUAUAUAGGGAAUAGAGUGCCAUUUGAGACACUGACCAGCACACCCUUGGUCUGCCUGUGUGUUUAAGAUGAUCCCAUUCUGGUCACAGUGUGUGGUCACCUCGAGCGGUUGGCAUACAAGAGACUAAAGCUGAAGCUGACUAAAGCUGAAGUGGCUACUGAGCUACAACAGAAUGAACCAUUCUGAUUGUGUGAAAGUGAACCUGAUGUAAUAACCCAUAGAGUAUCUUUAUUCAUUUCUUAUAUACAGUACCAUACAUCCCACCCCACCUCACUAUGGUCCCCAGAGUUGUUAAAGGGAUAGUUCACCCAAAGGAAACCAAAUGUCAUUUUGUAAUUUGGGUGAAUUAUCACUUUAACAGUCACCAUUAGGUUUUGCCUUUAAUGAUUUGGACUUUUUUGUAUAGAAGACUGUACCAUGUUUUAUAUAUACUAAUAUGGUGCUGCUGCCUUUGUCUUACAGAUGGUUUUAGUACACAAUGAAAUAUACUGUUACAUUAAAAUAACAUAUUUUUAUGUACUUUUGACACGAUUAGGUUAUGCAUUUCAUGUCAUCCUUUUACCCUCAUUCUUUGUUAAAUACAGUUAGCUGCAAUUAUAUUUUUUAUAUACAUGUACUGAAUAUAGGAAUUAUAACAUGCAAUGUUUUUGGUUUUUAAAUGUAUUAAUAAUUCCUGGUGCCUCAAAUAUCUGCAUGUAAUAAAUCCAAUUAAACAACGA